GGAUAGCGAAUCGGACCCAGGAUAGCUAGCUAGAAUUGAUAAAGAUGGCGACAGCGAGAGACACCGAAUAUAAAAUUAUUAUCGAUAAUAAAAAUAAGACAUGUUUAUUCAGAUAGGUGAAGAAAGGAUACCUUUAUAACAAAAAUAAAUUCGCUCAUACGGUUGCAUUUUGUUUUUAACUUAAAGUCCCGACUGCGCAAGCGAUUUGUUUUCAGAGGAGCUCCACAGUUCUAUGUCAAGUUAGCCGUGUUGGCUAGCUAGCCUGAUUGGAUCUCAAUCGCUUAUGGAUUUCUAGGAUCAGGACGAAUGUCGUUUGACUGAAAAUCGACUUUACACGGGAUUGAAUUAGCUACAAAUUGUUCAUGAACCGAUUGGACAACAUCGUUUAUUUUACGUUGGGAACAUAGCCAUUCCGCUGGCCCGGUGACACGGAGAGUGUCGAGUCGGAGUGCCUGACCGUCAUGUAUUUUUUAACUGGCUGGCCCCGGAGGCUACUUUGUCCACUGAAAAGUGAAGAGGAACCGUUUCAUAUUAAGCCCAAUUCACAGAGGUUUUACUUCGCCAUGUUGUCAGAGACUCAACUAAGUAUCUGGUUUAGUCGGCCCAGUGUUCUGAUAGUGAGCUACAUAGAGUCAGUGAAGGCAGCAGCCCAGUUUGGCUUCUAUCAGCAGGCCGAAUGGAAGCCGGACGAUUCCAUGAUAGCAGUGGCGGCUGCCAAUGGCUACAUCCUCAUGUUUGACGUGGUGGGAGGAGGAGAGGACAAGUAUCUUUAUGAGCCAGUCUAUCCCAAAGGGAGUCCGCGUGUCAAGGUCACCCCAGGUUAUAAAGAAGAGCAGUGUGCCCCCGCUCUCAGCCUGGAGAUGAAGAGACCCAUAGAUCUGGAGGCUCCCAUCACCAGUAUUAAGUCUCUUCAGGAGGACUUGUUGGUGUCUACAGCUGAUGGCUACCUCCACAUCCUCCACUGGGACGGAGUCAGCAAUGGCCGGAAGGCUAUCAGUCUCUGCACCGUCCCCUUCUCCCUGGACCUUCAGUCGGCACGCGGUGGUCCGUCUCUGGAUCUGGAGGGGCUGUACAUCAGAGACAUGGAGUACUGUGUGACUCUGGAUGGCUUUGCUGUGGUGCUUGACGACGGGAGGCUGGGAUUCAUCAGUCCUGUAGCCGGCCGGUUUACCGCGGAAGUAAGAGAAAGAAGUCUGUGUGUGUGUGAUUUUGCUACUCUGAACAUUUGUCUCUCUCUCUGUCUCUGUUCCAGUGGCUCAGUAUUGGUGUACAUGAUUGACACCACCACAGGAUCCAUGCAGCUCUCCCACAAGCUGGAGCUCACCCCAAAACACUUCCCUGACGUGUGGAACAAGACCGGCGCGGUGAAGCUGAUCCGCUGGUCCCCCGACUACAGCGUUGCCAUGGUGACCUGGGAGUGCGGCGGGCUGUCUUUAUGGAGUGUGUUUGGAGCACACCUCAUCUGUACACUCGGGGAGGACUUUGCGUAUCGGUCAGACGGCACGAAGAAGGAUCCUAUAAAGAUCAGCUCUAUGUGCUGGGGAGCGGAAGGCUACCACCUGUGGGUCAUCACCAGUAGAGAGGAAGCGGAGCUUGUAGAGAACAUGGAGGGGGCUCCACCUCCUACCCAGACCAUGCAGGCGGGGAUACUGCAGUUCCACUUCAUCAAAAGCGCCCUCACCGUUAACCCCUGCACGAGUAACCAGGAGCAAGUUUUACUACAUGGGGAAGACCGUCUGUACCUGACCUGUGGUGACCCCACCCAGGUCCCAUCCAGCAGCUCCGAUGGCCCUCAAACCCCUCACCCCCACAAUCUCGCCCAUGGCCUGGAGGGCAACCCCCUUCACCAUCGCUCCGCCCCCUCAUCCAACUCCAUCUCUCAGGGACUCAGCACUUUACUGGGACACAAGCACUGGCAUGUGGUCCAGAUUCACAGCACAUACCUAGAGAGUAAUUGGCCUAUACGGGAGCAGAACAUGACCGUGACAGGGGGGCUGGCCUGGUGGAACGACUUUGUCGUUGUUGCCUGUUACAAUUUCACCGACCGGCAAGAAGAGCUGCGUCUGUACCUCCGGUCGUCCAACCUGGACAAUGCCUUCGCCUCCGUCACCAAGCUGCACUCUGACACCCUGCUGCUCAACGUGUUCAGAGACCUGAUCGUCCUCUUCAGAGCAGACUGCUCCAUCUUCCUCUACAGCAUCGAGAGGAGGCACGACGGGCCCAACCCGUCAGCCUGUGUUGAGCUGCUUCAGGAGGUGUCCAUGUCCCGCUACAUCCCCCAUCCUGCCCUGGUGGUGUCUGUCACCCUCACCUCGGUGCGCACAGAGACCGGCAUCGCGCUUAAAGCCCCACAGCAGGCCUGUAUGGCAGAGAGCAUCAUGCUGAACCUGGCUGGCCAACUCAUCAUGCUACAGAGAGACCGUUCUGGACCACAGGUACGAGAGAAGGAAGACCAGAAGAAACUGCUGCCGUUCUGUCCUCCCGUGGUUCUGGCUCAGUGUGUAGAGAAUGUGUGGACGACGUGUCGCAGUAACAAGAAGAAGCGCCACCUGCUGGAGGCUCUUUGGCUGUCCUGUGGCGAGGCCGGAAUGAAGGUGUGGCUGCCCCUGUUCCCGCGGGACCACCGUAAGCCCCACUCGUUCCUGUCCCGGCGCAUCAUGCUCCCCUUCCACAUCAACAUCUACCCCCUGGCCGUGCUGUUUGAAGAUGCCCUGGUGCUGGGGGCAUCUAAUGAGACAGUGCUCUACGACGGCCUGCAGGGUCCCAGAGAGGGCCGGGAGCCUCUUGAGGUGACGUUCCCUUACUGCACGGUGGAGAGGACCUCCCAGAUCUACCUCCACCACAUCCUGCGCCAGCUACUCGUGCGUAACCUGGGAGAGCAGGCCCUGCUCCUGGCCCAGUCCUGCGCGGCGCUCCCCUACUUCCCCCACGUCAUGGAGCUCAUGGUCCACGUGGUGCUGGAGGAGGAGGCCACCUCCCGGGAGCCCAUCCCCGACCCUCUGCUGCCCACCGUGGCCAAGUUCAUCACCGAGUUCCCCUUGUUCCUCCAGACCAUCGUGCACUGUGCCAGGAAGACUGAGUAUGCCCUGUGGAACUACCUGUUUGCUGCCGUGGGCAACCCCAAGGAUCUUUUUGAGGAAUGUCUAAUGGCUCAGGACCUGGACACAGCAGCAUCCUAUCUCAUCAUACUGCAGAACAUGGAGGUUCCGGCAGUGAGCAGGCAGCACGCUACCCUGCUCUUCAACACGGCUCUGGAGCAGGGCAAGUGGGACCUCUGUCGUCACAUGAUCCGAUUCCUCAAGGCCAUUGGCUCUGGGGAGAUGGAGACCCCGCCUCCAACACCAACCACUCAGGAACCCAGUUCGACGGGAGGCUUCGAGUUCUUCAGGAACCGCAGCAUCAGUCUGUCCCAGUCAGCUGACGGCAUUGCUGCUGGGAAGUUUAACCUACAGAAGACCUUUAGCAUGCCCUCCGGGCCCUCCACUAAAGGGUCUGAGCGAUGGAGUAAGGACAGUGACUGUGCUGAGAACAUGUACAUAGACAUGAUGUUAUGGCGUCACGCCCGGCACCUGCUGGAGCAGGUCCGCCUCAAAGACCUAGGCUGUUUCUCCGCCCAGCUGGGCUUCGAGCUGAUUGGCUGGCUGUGCCGCGAGCGCACCCGGGUAGCGCGGCUCGAUGACUUUGUCAUGGCGCUGAAGUGUCUCCACAAGGACUUCCUCUGGCCGUUUCCUGUCAUCCCAGCGUGCUCGACCAGCUCGCCCUUCAAGGACGGACAACGCAAGACGGUGCUGAGCCAGCGGCUGCUAAAGUCCCAGUCAGCAGACAGCCUGUUGAACAGUGACAUGGACACAGCGCCCCCGCAGGCCUCAGCACGCAACAGCAAUCACACCUGGCUGGACGGUCUCGGGGCGCUGGGGCCGGAGCCUAAAGAGAUGAACACAUCCUCUUCCCACGGGGGGCCACAGACACAGGAGGCCUUCCUCUCUCCACUCACUAACAAAACGGAGGAGUGCAGUAUCGGUUCGGCCACAGACCUGACAGAGACCAGCAGCAUGGUGGAUGGAGACUGGACCAUGGUGGAUGAGAACUUUUCCACUCUGAGUCUGACCCAGUCUGAGCUGGAACACAUCUCCAUGGAGCUGGCUAACAAGGGACCACACAAGUCUCAGGUCCAGCUACGCUACCUGCUGCAUGUGUUCAUGGAGGCGGGCUGUCUGGAGUGGUGUGUUGUGAUUGGUCUGAUCCUGAGAGAGGCCACGGUCAUCAAGCAGGUGGUCAACUUCCUGGACAGCCCAGAGGUUCCUCCUGAGACUGUCCAAAGUAUCCGCUCCGGCCUGCUGGAAGUCGAUGCGUGGGCCUCCACAGACUGCCUGGGCUAUAAACCCUUCCUGAACCUGAUCCGGCCCCAGCUGCAGAAGCUAAUAGAGACUGCUGUGGAGCAGGUCCAGCCUGAAGCCUUCCAGUCAGGGGCUUCCAACCCCAACUCCAAGUUGACUGAGCCCCAGCCCGGAUGCCCCAGGGCGGAGGACAGUAGAGGGCCUGCUCCCUUGGGCCUGGCCCUGCCCUCGGAGCCCUCUGGAGGGUUAGUGACAGAGGACGGAGGAGCUCCAGAGGAGCAGGAGGAGCAGGCGGCCGACGAGGGGGCGUAUGACUGCACCCUGUCCUGACGUGCCCUGUCCUGACCUGGGUCGUGUUCAUUAGCCACCAAAACGGAAGAAAAUGGGCUGAAACAGGGAGGGACUACAUAAAAUGUUUUUGCUACGGUGUGUGUGCCCUAAUGACUACAGCCCUGUCCUAACCUCUGACCUUGCUGGGCAGGUGAAGGGGUGUGGUGCGGGUGUGUGAUGGGACACAGGAUGAGAAAGAAGAGGAGGAAGGGAUCCUCAAAGACUGAAUACUCUGCAUUGUGGGUCUAGAACCAGUUUUGUUGGCUGAUGUGGACCCAGAUAUGUUACAUCGACCAUGAGUGUGUGUGUGUGUGUGUGUGUGUGAGAGUUUAUGCUUGUUUAUGUGAGGCUUUUGUGUGUUACCAUACUUUGGGUGUGAAACACAAGGAAGCUCUCUCUUUGUUUCUCUCCUGUCCGCAUACUCAUCCAUCCCGGUGCUGGAACAGGGUCUGAGUGAGUGGAGUAGGUUGAGUGUCAGUAUUAUGGACUUGAGUCACUGCAAACAGAGCUUGCCAGGACACAGCCAAUUCAUAGCACCCAAACAAAAACACAGAAGAUAUCCAUCCUGUACGACAGGUGGUUCAAACCUCUACGUUUAUUCUACUUCCCAUGGAUUCCUUUUUAAAGAAUUAGAUCACAGACCAAGUCUUUUUGCAGAGUACGAGUUUGGGCUCAUCAGGGUUUAUUCUGGAAUGAAGUGUUUGAGUACAAAGCAGGCAGUUUGUUGCAAUUUAGCUUUUUACCAAAAUGUGCUUUUCAGAUCAGAGAAUUGCUCGCUGUCUGUGUUGUGGUCUCGGCUAGGCUUUAGUGGCCAUCUAGGUAUAAAUAUAUACUGCUCGGCUGGCUUUUCUGUGUGACGUGAGCGAAUUCCCAGUCAGAUCUCCGUGGCGACUUGUUAGGGAGAGCACAAGGAACAAAAAGCAUCCGUGAUGUUCUCCCGACAGACCUGUCAAAACAAACCUUUCAUUGGCAGCCAUUCCACAGAACUGAACAGUUAAACCUUUAUAUUUUUUCACGGUUUGUACAAACGUCUAUUGUACUUUUGUCGUGGAGUAAGUUCAAGUAUAACUUUUGGUACUUCUGGCAAGAAACCGCCCCUGAAACACACGAACGGUGUUGCCGGGACAUUUUACGAGAGUCGUGUGUUGUGCAAAGGGGAGGGGUCUCGUCUUUUCAUACCUCAUGGUGUACAGUGGAUUUUACAGAUGUUUUAUGAUACCUUUGUCAAUAAUGUGGAGGUGUUCUUCAACAUCCAUAGCAUUCAUUUAGGAAAUGAUGUCCCCUUAUUUCGAUGCUAGACUGUGGUGUGAGAAUGCUCUUGGUCAAGAGCGAAGACGUGUCUGUGUGUGUGUGUGUGAUGACCUGGAUUGGUCAUGUACGUUGAGGAGGGCCUGAUCAGCCCUCAACCGUGGGGGGGGCGGGCGGGGGGCCGGUAGCCCCGAGGUUAGAGCGUUUGGGCCAGUAAGCGAAAGGUUGCUCGUUUGAAUACCGGAAACCGACAAGGUGAUAAAAAUCUGUUGCUGUGCCCUUGAGUAAGGCACUUAACCCUAAUUGCUAAUUGCACUAUAGGAUUGUGACCCCACUCCCUGCGGGACACUCCAGGGGAGUUCGGAUAUGCCAACAACAAAAAACAUUUCCAUUUGAAACGUGUGUAACAGAACAAAUAUAAGCACCCCCUCAAAUUAAUUCAAACAAACCAUGACUGUCUCCUGAAAGGAGAAUCUAACCAUAUCUGAGGACAAACCACAUUUUAUUAUGAUGAUCAUGACCUGCAUCUUCACACAUGUACUUGGCUCGAGAAUUGAAACAUUACUGCUCAAUUAAUUGGCUUCGGCCCUGUGGAGGAUCCAAUGGGGGAAGCAAAACCAUAGGAGAAACAAAGCUAUGUUCAUUCACCUUAUAUUGAUAUGCCAGAGUUCACUUUUAUUCGCUCCUUUGUAAAGACAAAAAAAAAAACUUGUGUUUAACUUAACGUCAUAUAUCGUUAUCGUUUUUAAGGUAGGAUUGUGUUUUAUCUCCUAUCAGUGAUCUUUGUCUUUCCUUAGGAAUUGCUGUGGAGUUGAAGAGGUCCUGGACUCUAAUGAAUCCAGAAUACGUCCCAUAGUUUCUAUACGGACCUAGGUCUAUAAUGUCUUGGUCGUUAUCACCGUGGUAACAUACCAAAACCUUGAUCACAAGCGGUGAUACUGAUAACAGUGACUUUCUAGGAGAAUCUCCAACUCCGAAGCGGCUGUGUGUGUACGACGUAACUGCAAAGACCAAGUGGUAUUGCAUCUGUUAAUGAUUUUAUUUUGUUGACUAAAGUACAGUAUCCUCACAUGGAAUCGAGCUUUUAUGAGGCCGAGUGUUAUUCUUAUUUAUUGGUUGUGUUGUUAUUACCAUUCUAAAUAGUAAUUUUUUUAAAUUCUUCAAAUAGUUUUUAUUUUGGCUAUAUCAAAGCAGCUAAUGGAGAGCUAUUUAAUUGCUUUUGCCUCGACAUACUGUAGUCGUCUGAGUCUUUAGACCCAUAUCCCACCGCCUGACACGAAAAGAGCUCCUAAGACUGGGCCUCGGUUCGUUACGCGUCUCUGAGUAGGAGGUACAUGGACACGGGAUCCGAGUUGAAUCUGCUGUGUGUGUUUGUCCGGGGCUACAACAAAGAUGUGUGCUGUUUUGGGGGGUACUUGAGGAGUUGAGGAACACUACUAUCAAAUAUUAUUUGUCACAUGCGCAGAAUACAACGGGUGUGGACCUUAGUGAAAUGCUGACUUUACCAGCCCGUAACCAACAAUGCAGUUUUGAGAAAUAAUGUAACAAAUAAUUCAAGAGCAGCAG